CACCGAUCGAAAUUCGACUCUUCAGUCUCUUCUUCCAUGGGCAGAGAGAGAUGGCAAGCCAAACGCAACGUGCCGUGUGUCAGUUCGUUCGUCCGCGCUGGCUUGAGGCAGUUGGACUCUGACCCUCCAAACUCCCGACCCAAUCACGCAGCAGCCUCCUCCGCGUGCCUUCCCCCUUCCGACGACGCGACCUCUCGGCUGUAUGCUGGGCGCCGUCCUCCGCGUCCCGGCCCCGAUCCCGCCGCCACUGCUCCCCACGCUGCCGCGCCCUCUCCUCACCCUCCGCCGCUGCCGCAGCUACUGCAUCCCGCCUGGGACGCCGCCCAUGGCCUCGGCCGGCCCCCGCGACGGCGGCGGCGCCACGAAGCCCGACGCCGCGCCAUCGCCAUCGCCGGCGCCCGCGCCCGCGCCCGCGCCGGUGCCGCAGCCGCCCGAGAAGCCGCUCCCGGGCGACUGCUGCGGCAGCGGCUGCGUGCGCUGCGUCUGGGACAUCUACUUCGACGAGCUCGACGCGUACGACAAGGCCCUCGCCGCCCACGCGGCGGCCUCCUCGGGCUCCGGCGUCAAGGACGACUCCGCUGAUACCAAGCCCAGUGACGGCGCCAAGUCCUGAACCGCCCGUCAUGUGUAUGCCCUCUUCUGUUCCCAAUUGAAUUAGAUUACUGGCUGCCUCAGUCAUCAGAGUCAGAUACGCCGCUACCAAUUCUUAACAUUGUUGCCUGCUGCGGUGUGUGCUAGAUUGAGAUGCUUUGUCACCGCACCCUUAUUGUUGUGUAACAAGAUAAACUCAUUAUUAGCAAUCAAAAGAAAGAUUCAAUUUC